AAAAGGACCCACCAAACAAAAACGACAUCGAUUAUGAUGAAACGCAAACUUCUCCAAUUCUUCAAACCAAUAUUUUCCUCUGAAAAAAAAAUAAAAAAAUAAAAGACAGCCAAAGGAAGAAGAAGGCCUAUAAAUACAGAAAUUCACACAAAUUAUUACCAAAAAUGAAAACCCUUAUUUAUCAACGACUGAGGAGAAAACCAAGCACUGGGGAAGAACAGCCAUGCCCAGACACAGACAGAGCUUUGUCGCCAUUAUCGAGCAUAGGUGAUGAUAUUUUGUUGGAGAUAUUACUCAGACUCUCAGAUUUCAAGUGUAUAGUGGAGUGUGCUUCAGUCUGCAAGCGUUGGUUAUCGGCCAUCAUCAUCAUCCGCAGACUCAAUCACCAUCACUGCCAAAAAACACUCAAUGAUUCAUCUUCAUUGCCAUCGACAGCGUCUCUUCCUUUUACUCUACUCUUCAGAGGGUCUUAUAGAAGCGUAGCUGGAUUACCACUCUACCACCGCAUGAGGAGGGAUUGUUCGUUGUCAUUCGAGUUUUUCUCUGAGGGGUCAAAGAUUCUUGAGUAUGGACAGAGUUCAGCGUUGGAGAUUUUGGGUUGGAAGGGUGAUAACAACUAUGCUUAUCUAUGGUCGUUCUUCAAUGAUUUGUUGUUAGUUGAACAAUCUCCCGAACGUUUGUACCUAUGCAAUCCUUUUACAAGGCAAUGUGUUGGGCUUCCUUUGUCUCCAAAUUCCUUCCAUCAACUUUACAGGUAUGCAUUGGUUGUAUUAGGAUAUGACGAAAAUCUUAUGAUUGAGUAUAAGGUGGUGAAAAUCAGUACAAAGGUGAAUAAUUUCAUAGGUGUUGUGCCAUUGUUACUCCAUUUAGCCAUUUUUUGUUCUAAGACUGGACAAUGGAGUCAUUCGAGUUUCAAGCUCGGAGUGCCUUUGAAUAUAUGGCAUCAUCAGUCAGCCUCGGUUGGAAGCAAUGGGAUUGUUUACUGGCCAUAUGGUUGUAAGGAGUUUCAAGGCAUUGUUGCAUUGGAUUCUUGUUCAGAACUAUGCCGUUUGAUUGAUUUACCUUUUGAUUGGGAUUGGCGUUAUUGUGUGGACUCCAUGGCUCGUGUUGGAGUGGUUCAUGGGCGGCUGCGGCUGGUGCAGCUGUUUUGGCAUGAGAAGAAUGAGUCAUAUGUUUUCAAGGCAUGGGAACGGGUUGAUGAGGAUGACUAUGAGCUUGCUAUACUGGCUUUCCAUCCAUGUGAUGGAGAUGUGUUCUUCUUUUCGCGCUCGAAUGGUGAUGUUGGAGAUGAAGUUGAGGUUUCCCAAUGUCGAAUACUCGGCCAAAAUCAGUGUCAGAUUGAAACUCUUUGCCAUCUUCCACCUAAAUCGCCUGCCAAUUCGCACGUCGUUUCUCUUCUGCAUCCAUCGUGGCCUACUCAAAUUCCUCACUACAGCUAAUCAAGUAUUUAGAUAAUUAUUUUAUACAUAUCUUAUUUACUUUACCAUAACUCAGUUUUUGAUUUCUGUUCUUCCUUAUGACUGAUUUUUAUAUAUGCAGAGACUAAUGGAAACUGCAGUAAUUGUUUUGGCAUCAUUUGUCAUUGCAUUUGGAUUAUACAUUAUAUGUGUGUAUUUUAAAGCCAAUCUAUUUCCUAUCUAAAUAUAUAAUCAACUGGUGUAAGGGAAUAUGGUGAUUGUUUUUUGGAAUGUAUACUUCCACUUUUCUAUUAUUACUGUCUCUAAAACAGAUUUAAAAAGUUAGGUUUGAAGCUUUUUUUUGGGCACUUCUAUGCACAAUUAGAAUGUAUAACAAACACCUGUUCUGAAUGGCAAAAUAUUGUAAUGAAGGUAUGCUUGAAAAUGACAUUUGUGAACUGCAGAAGCUUUCAUAUCAGAGAGACAAACUUUUUAGAAUCUUUGAACUCUAUAGACAUGAAUUUGGAUAAUGAGCUUGUUUAGCUGCAUAGGUUAUUAAAAGUGUUGCUUCAUCUAAUUCUCUUCUAUGAUUUACUACAUCUAAGCUACAAUAUGAUGUUCUACAUUUAAAAAUUAAAUGAACUUGAUGCAUUUGUUUAAAUAUUACUUCACCAAUUCCAAGCCCCCAAAUGUUUUCAAUAAGAAACAAAAAGCUCAGUUAAAGAAUUAAACAACACACACAAACACCUUAUGAUCACAGCAAGAAACCAGAAAAGAAAGUAAGAAAGAACACACACCAUUACAGAACUCAACCUUGCAAGAAUGAAUAACACAUCUCAGCUUUUUUUCUCUGUUUUCACUCUUCUUCUCUUGAGUUUUUUUUUGUUCCUCACAAUACCCAGCUAGCUUUAUAAGACAGCUGGAACAUUUAUACAAUGUAUAGGUUAUAACUAACAUAACUAACUUUAUAAGCCAGCUUUCUAACAACACUAGAAAGAUAUGUUUACUCUAAUUAUUCCACACAGUGGCUUUCUAAUUAAUGUUAGUUCUAACAUAUGUUUGUAUGUGGUACUUCCAUUCAACUCACUUGACACAACUCUUUCUAUUAAUUAAUUUUGUAAUUAUCUUGGUAUAAUGUGGUAAUUUUUCUUAAAUAGAAAUUAUUUUAUGUAUGAUGGUACAAGUGAUAUUAAACUUGUUGAGAUGACUAGUUGACUUACUUGACUAUUGCUAGUGUGGAAUAUAAGAGAAUAUGACUUACUUGAGAAAACUUCUUGUCAUUGUGUGCCUUGAGUGUGUAAUCUCAUGUUUGAUAGUGAAGUUGACUAAGGACCUCUGUUGCCUUGGCUGUAGGACUAACCUGAUUUGGUUAAGUCCGAACCAAGAAAACUUGGGCGUUUCUGGUGUGUUUGAUUAAAUUCCUGUCAGCUGACUUUUUCUUCGAUAUUGUUAGCCAUUUUUCUGUGUAUUUGUAAUCUGUUUUUGCAGGUGUUUAUAACACAAAAACUAGAAUGAGAUUAUUUGUUGGCAUGUUUUCAAUUGACAAGUGGUUAAUAUUGUUGAUAAAGAAUAUGUGUGGGUGUACAUUUGGCACUUGUAAUUAAGAACUUUUGAGUGAUACUAUUUUAAUUUCACUAUUCUAAUACAUAUAUAUAUAUUUGUUUUAUGGGAAUUUGUUCAAGAUCAAGUUUUUUGAUAGACUAUUCUUCUAACUGUAUUUAUAGUAAAUUACACUGAUAGUUAUUUUUUUAUUGGAUGAAAAGUUCUGUAAAAAUCUUAACAAAGGAAAACCAAAGAGAAUGGCAUAUACCUCAUUCUAUAAUACAGUAUUUUUUAGAGAUUAGACUUUAAGAAAGAGAGAACUAGCUUUGUGAGAGAGUCUCUUCAGGAACUGUGAUAAUUUGAGUGUGCUAGUUCUUCUUAUCUGUGUAUAGGGUGUAAUCUCAGAUUGUGUAUAGGGUGCCCUAAACUGGAUGUAGUUCACUUUGUCCAAACCAGUAUAAAUUUCUAUUUCUGUUCCUUUGCA